AUGAUGGGGGUUGAUGGUGAGCUCGGCGAAGGAGGAGGGAGUUCGGUGGUGAGGUCUCGGCGGUGGGAUGAAGGAGAAGAUGAUGGAGAUCAAGGUGGUGCUGCGCGAGGGUGGUGGCUGCUGGAGGAGAGGUGGUGGUUAUGGAAGCAAGGUGGAGGUGUUGCUGCCGGUGAAGGAGGCUGUUGCGUGGAGUUGGGGCUGGGAUGGUGUGGUGAGGAAGGCGGAGAAGAGGAAGAAGGUGAUGAUGGGGUUGAUGGUGAGCUCGGCGAAGGAGGAGGGAGUUCGGUGGUGAGGUCUCGGCGGUGGGAUGAAGGAGAAGAUGAUGGAGAUCAAGGUGGUGCUGCACGAGGGUGGUGGCUGCUGGAGGAGAGGUGGUGGUUAUGGAAGCAAGGUGGAGGUGUUGCUGCCGGUGAAGGAGGCUGUUGCGUGGAGUUGGGGCUGGGAUGGUGUGGUGGUGCGUGGAUGCGGGAGGCGAAGGUGAUGGAGGUGUAG